CCGGUGAAUGCUGCUAGCUUAGCAGGUGGACCUUCUGUGUUCUGUUGGACGGUUUCAGGUUGUCUCAAGCUCCGAGAUUCUCCCGCUGAUGGAGUCCAGGAGCCGCAGAGUUGCUCGCUAGUAUUUAUCAGGGACCAGAGAGACUUUAGAAUUUAUUCUACUGAACAGAACCUGUCUGUGUUCCGUUAUUAAAGCCCGGGGAGACUGAAGUUUCUUCACAUCUCUGAUGUUAGCUUUACUUUAACUGUUCAGCCGUUUGUUUCUGUUGGUCCAAACUACCAAAGAUGGAGGAGAACAUCAGCCUCUACGACCUGUUAAACUUAUCCAUCGGAACUCCUCACAGGGCUUCCGUUAACUUCGGCGCCCUCCAUGCGCUACUGCUGGCGGUGCUGAAGCAGCUGGACAUCCGGGAGGUGAAGACCCACUGGAGGUACACUCCUCCUGGGGACAGAGCGCCCGACACCCCGCUGGGUGUUCCGGUCGAGAUUCAAAGGCCCCCCUCCGUGUCGGACGACUUGUUUCAGCCUGGUUUAGAACUACAGAAGCCGGAAGACUGGGUCUCCGCUCCAGACGGUACCGAGGGGCCCCAAUGCCCUUCGGUACCGUCUGGAGCGGAGACCCAGUCUUCCGCUCCAGACGGUACCGAAGGGCUCCAAUGCCGGAUCCAGACCUGCGAGGACGGCACGUCACAGGCCUUGAACCUCAUCCAAGAGCUGCAGAAGCACAAAGAGGAUCUUAAGGAGAAGAUGGAGGAGUUCCAGCAGCAGCAGCAGAAGGCUGCAGCCCAGCAGCUGGAGAAACUGGCAGAUGUGAAGCGGUGCUGCCACCGUGUGGACGCACUGGAGAAGGCUGUGAACUCCCUGAAGGAAAACUUGCAGAGAUAUCCUGGCCCGGAGGAGCUAAGUCAGUGUGUGACCUUGGACUUUGUUCAGUCAGUUCUUAAAGACAUGAAGCCUCAGAAGGAGUUUGUCACCUCAGAGGUUUCAGACCGGCCCAUGUUGGUAAAACCGACCGCGCCUCCUAGCACAGCCACGUCCUCCUCCACUACAUCAGCUGCUCCAGGUUCUCCAAACAUCUCUGUGGAGGAUUUAACCUCUGAAGCAGCAGCAGAUGCCACUAAUGUCUCCUCUGAUGGUUCGGAGGGUGGGGUGAUGGCUGGUCACCACACCAGGACCACAGACCCAACACCUGACGAUGUAGCCACACCCGUCCUGCCAGGGUCCAUCCCAAAGACCUCAGGACCUACACCUGCUGAUGUGUUCCAGCCUCAGGAAACCUUUGGUCUGGAUCGGUACCAGGAGACAGAGGAGACUGUGAGGAACAUCGGGAAACUCCAGGAGAGGUUCAGCAAGUUGGAGGCUCACAUGGUGGCCCUAGAGAAACAAAAGGUGGACUGGAGCGAGUUAGCUGAUCUCAGACAACUUAACCCCUACAAAGAUUCUCAGGAUGCCUCAAACAACCUGACCGAGCAGCUGGAGCAGCACAAAGCUUUGAUAGAGAGCCUGAUGAGCGACCAUGAAAAGAAUAUGGAGCUGCUAUGCAAUGUGCAGAGGGCCAUCCUGCAGCUUCAAGCUGAGUGUGAACGUCUGCAGGAGACCACCAGGAAUCUGGAUGAGGACAACAGACAGAAGCAGGGACACAUUGAGGAGCUCUACAAGACAGCAGAGGAGCUGGAGGUGAAGAAAGCUGACAAGCAGAUGGUGGAGAGUGAAAUAAAAGCAGAUAAGUCAGCUCUGGAGAGCAAAGUCAGUCGUCUACAGUUUGACGUGGCGACGGAGCAGCUAAACUCCAUGUUCCACGAGUUGCUGAACAAGGUGACGGGCCAGGAGCAGGACUGGCACAAGGUCAUUGACAGGCUGUCCACUGAGAUGGAGUUUAAGCUGAACAGGAUCGAGCUCGACUGUGUGAAGAUGCAGCUGGAAGAGCGUUGGAGAAGCAUCCACAAGAAGCUGCAGGCUCAGAGCGCUCCAGAGCAAGAUGAUGCCGCCGGGAUCAGGAAACAGCUGUUGGAGAGAUUUCACUGCCUCUCCUGUGAUCGGCCCAUCAUGAAGCAGACCCCUGGCCCGAUCUUGGUGACACUGCCAUCCUUCCCUGCGUUCCCUCCUCAGAAGACCUUCCGGCCGUGGACCCUGGAGCAGAUACGGCAGCACUACAGGAGCCUGACACCAGGGAGCAGCUGCUGCAGUGUCUGGAUGGCUCGGUCAGGCCGGAGGAGGGCGCAGCUGCAGAAGAGCCACGCUGACAUGUGCAGGCAGAUAGAGAGCAUAGAGACCCAGAGACGACUCGGACAGAAGCCAGCAGGAGUCCAGCAUGAGCGUGUUUCUGAAGUGACGGCCCGAAGCUGCGGUGGGAAUCACACCAACGUCUCAUCCGGUCAGCGCCGCAGCGGCUCUCAGCACACCAGGCUGCUCACCCAGGCCGAGGGGGACGACGUGAUGAAGGAAGCAGACAUUGUUGGACUGGAUGGACGUAUUUACAGAGGUCGCUUCAACGUCCAGGAGCUCAGGAACACAGAAAUGAAACUACCUUUGAUCGCUCCCAAAGACGCCUUUUCUGUAGAUCUAUUCUGGGAGCAAAUGAAGUUCUUCCCCGUCUCUAUUGUUCCCGUUCCUGCUCUCAGCACCUAAAGAUGUUCCUGCAUUCUGGAUCCCAACCCAGGAAGACUUCCAGCUGUUAUUCUGUCCCGUUUUUUCUGCAAGCACGUCUUCAGGUGUCCAAGAGUAUAGAGACAUCUCCAACAGUCUCUGUUUGGGACGGGUCAGGACUGCAGGCAGCCCAGUCCAGCAGCUGUACCCUCCUCUUCCUCAGCCAGGACUUUGGAAUGUGGUUCUCCAUUGUCGUGUUGAAGAUAUGGUCCUGAAGGCAGCAGAUGUUGCUCUAGAAUCUCUGCAUCACAGAAGAGAUGGUCCAAGCCUGUACCAUGAUACAACCUCCUACAUCACAGAGUCUGGAGGCUCCUUUUCCAACAAACAUCUGGAGAACUGAUCCAUGUUCCCACUGUGGGAUGGUCCAUCCCUGAGAAGCUGGCUCCUCCUCUGAGGUCAACAUCAGGCUUCUUCUUUGCUCAGUAAAGUCUGCUCCAUGAGGUUCUACCAGCUGAGGAUGAAUGAUGGUUCUGCAUGCAGAACCGCCUGACGGAUCAGAGAUCAUUGUUGUUUAACUGAAGCUGCUACCUGAGAUACCUUCAGGUUCCCUGGAUGGUUUCAGGAUGUUCUGCUCUGCAGAGGAGAAACAUGAAGAUCCCUCCUCAGGAACUUUGUUUUUUUGAUGUCGAUGUAAUUCAACCUGUGGUGCUGCUGAUAGUUUCUAUGUUCUCCUGAACAUCUUUGAUUCUCUAUGCAGUCACAGACUGAGCAGGUCCUGAUGGGACUCAGCUUGGUCUGCAGGACACUAUUAAUUAAUGUCAUUAAGAGCUUUGAAACAUCUUUAUUCAUCUUUGGUUACGUGCUCC